AUCAGAGAUCGCGCAAAUUCUUACUACUCGGUGGCGCGGUAUACUUGGAGUGAUUUUCGUGCAGGUAAUACGCGAAAAAUGACGCCCGUUGUCAGCUAAUAUACAGGGUACAAUGUGGUGUUGGUAUAUAUGUGGAUUCGAUACAUACUGGUUAUACACAUGGUACUGUGGAGUAUUAUUUGCGUUGAACUUUGAACGCUUUUAAGCGCAGCCGAAGACCAUGUGGCUUCGAAUCAGCCAAUCUCCGGCUUUCGGGGGCGGUUCUCGUCGGGCUUUAGAGGUAGGGGAGGAUGGGGUAAGCACCCCCAGCAGUGAACGUUCCGUAACGUACUUCGGGCGUUCAAAUCACAGACGUGCGGCAUCGCGACGCUGUCAUUAGCCGCUGCCUAACAGGUUCAAUUUCACUUUGAAAAUUUUUCACACAAGGUGGAAGACCUUAUUAUCCGAGGUCUCGUUGUUUUCGAAUUUCUCACGCCCGUUUGGCGGAAAAUAAUCUUCAAACAUGCAGAUUCAAGUUUCACGAUUUCCGCGCUACUGCAGUGAAAAUAAAAACAUCCAGUGAAAAAAUUACGCGUCGAAAAUAACCGAGAUUCCCAUCGCCCGAAAGAAAAUCGAAAAAGUGUAGGACUGUCACGCGACUCUUCGGAUGUCGAAGGUCUCACGCAGCUCAUUGAUAAAUCAGACGAAACAUCAAAAGAACAGCACGCGCUAUCGGCAGAUUUUCGAUCUUUUGGAUCACCCGACAUUACAGUUUGAAACACCCGCAGCUUUACUUCAUGACACAGACUGAUCGAAAGCACGACCACUGAUAGAACCGAGAUUAAUUAUGCAAAAUAAUCACGAACACAAAUAUCGGCGAAGAUCUGCUCAAGCGACGUGCAUCUGUAAUUUUAUCGACAGCUGUCUGGAAGCGGAAAAUAAAAAAUCUAGCGGUUAGUGAUCCGAGCUUCCUUGGACGUUGAAGAAAGAACUUCAAAAUAAAUAAUUGCAAAAUUUACGCACAUCGAGAACUAGACGACAAAAUGUUACACGGUGAAAUGCCCGGAUCGUUUGAACGAGUCUAAUUCCAUGCACUACUGUGGGACCAAAAAAAUAGCCAAGUAAACGCUCAAAGAUGUACAGUUUGUACAGAGCAUGGUUCGGCAGCGAAGGUUGCAGUCCUCUGGAAACGAGGUCGAUGGGUCCCGUCAGCCCUGCGGUCGGCCUGUCGCCACCAGACACCCUGAUCAGAGUUGGAAACGACGGAGAGCAUCAAUUCGUGGCACACCGCAGCAUCUUAGCUGCUCACAGCGGUUACCUGAAGGCGUUGCUCGCAACCGCAUCGAACGUUGCUUCGAGCAGUAGCACAAUCAGUUCCAGCGUUGCGUCUCUUUCCGUUUCGUCAGUCGGUGGUGAAGCGUUCGCGCCUCUUUUGAACUACAUGUAUACCGGACGUCUGGAAGUUACUUUGGACAACAUUUACAGCGUUUUGCUCGCAACGCACUUACUCCACAUGCCAGGAGCACUGGAACAGUGCAGAGCGGCCCUGUUGAAGCUGCGGGCCCCUCCAGCAACGUCCACUGGAGUUCUGAGGCCCGUACCCAGCAGAGUCGUUGGUCCUCCUCUCUGUUGGCCACCUCCGACACUCUAUUCGACAGGGCCUCUGCCUCUUCCCAAUUUAGGAGUUCCAGCAUCAUGUUCUUUGUCCAGAAUGCCUGGUACACCGAUCUCUCACGAAUCGCAUCCAAUCGAUUCGACGUACAACGUGAUUGAAAAAUAUCCGUCACCGCGACCAUCGACUUCUCAGCAGCGUCCUCGUUCACCCGCGAGAUCAUCGAGUCCCGAAGCAUCGGGGAAAAGCGAGGCCAAGACCUCUCGACUGCAAAGAUCGCCCAGUCCAGCGGAUAGCAGCGAACAAAUAUCCGUGACCGAUUCAGAGCCAAAUCGAAGCAGAAAAAUUCAAAGACCGACGAGCACGGAGCAGGGGAACGGCUCGAACGUGCCGAACUCGAGCGUGGUCAUAGAUAUUGCCUGCUGCGAUGGACCUGUCCGUUUCCAUCGUGUGUUGAACGAAAAUUAUUCGGCAAGUAACAGCGGCGAGCAGUCGCGAGUAUGCGAAAUCGAAACGACAUCCGAAAAUGACGAGAACAUUUGCGACGUAGAGGGAGAAGUGAACCUCGAGAGUCCCGGUUUCGCGGUUCUUUCUGCCGGUAAUAGCCCGAAUGAAAGUGGUCAUUACACUUGCGGAUAUUGCAGACAUACUUUCAAGUCACAAUAUUGUUAUCAGAAGCACGCCAGGCGACAUUUGCAUCCCGCUAACGGUGACGGUCAGACGAGCGCAGGUCGCCGACGAGAGGUACGUCUCCUGGAUUUGAACGUCCAAUACUACCCCUGCAAAAUAUGUGGCAGCAAAUUUCCGAGCUAUUACUUCGUUCAUAAACACCGCAAACUGUGCCACGCGAAUGAAGAUAAUCAGAGCGGAAGUGACGAACCGAAUAUCAACAAUUCAACGAACGCUGCACAGACCCAAUAAUGAACCUGAGUGAUUAUCGAAUUAGACGGAGAAAUGAUCAGUGUUUAAAUAAUGUGAUCUUCAAAUUAUUAGUCGUUCGGUGUAUUCGUCAGUUGAAUAAACGGAUGGAAAGUCGUCAUCCAUUCAAAAAUCAUUCGACGUUAGACCGAUUGUUAGUCGACGUAUGAAAUUCCAAAUCAUUUAUUGUUACGGUUAUAACGAUAUUACUCAAAAUGAAUCGCAUUGCCAUGUAACGGCCGAAGUAUUGAUUAAUAAUGUUGGUAAUAAUAAGUAAUUACUGUACAGUCCUGUAUUUAUCUGAUAAAAUAUUAAAUAAAUAAAAUAAUGUAACGAACAUCAGGGAGAACUACGCUUUCUACGAAGCGAGGCGAUUACGGGAAUACUCGAAUGUUCGCACUCCGCAAAUCGUUGAUUCAUUAAUUUCGCCCUGACGACGACAUGUUUUUUAAUUUUAUUUAUAAUUGAAGUCGACUGGCACGCUAGUGAAACAAACGCGUAUGGAAGUGUGAAUAAUUAUUAACGGGAGGGGGGUCAUCGAUUACAAAAAAAAUUUAAUAAAUAAAUAAACAUAUAACGAAACGAAAAUUGGAACAGAAAAAUAAAGGUAACCGUAGAUGGCGAUGCGCAGCAUUGCGGUAUUAACGCAUCAGCGUCGCUCAAACGCACGACAACUGACACCGGCUCAAAGAAUAAUCUCCCCGGACAAUUACCGUGGAAACAGAAUAAUCUGUUAUUUCCCGAAUCAAUAAUAUCGUCACGAACUCCGCAUGGAAUAAUAUCACGAAUUACAAGUCGCCGAUGUCGAAUCAACUGACUGAUUUUAGAUAACAUUUAUCGGUAGCUCAAUCAUUCUUCGGGAUGAAUAUCAGCUCGUGAAAAAAUUGCGUGAUAAAUAAUUCUGUAAACUUUCCCCACAUGGUUUUGGGAAAAUUGAAAUCAGAUUC